UGGCCGCGGCGGGGUCUGGGAGGCCAAAGGUGUAAGCCGACGGGCGUCAUGGAGGCGGAGCAGCGGCCGACCCCCGGGACCAGCGACGGGGCGAACCCCGGUCUGGAGGCGGCACCUCCUGCUGCCCAGGCUCCUGCGGCCACGGCCUCGGGUCCCAACCCCGGGUCCAGUUCUGGGCCCGAGCCCAAGAGAAGGCCGCUUGGGACGCUGCUCCAGCCCACGGUCAACAAGUUCUCCCUUCGCGUGUUUGGCAGCCACAAAGCAGUGGAAAUAGAACAGGAGCGAGUCAAGUCGGCGGGGGCCUGGAUCAUUCACCCCUACAGCGACUUCCGGUUUUACUGGGACCUGAUCAUGCUCCUGCUGAUGGUGGGGAACCUUAUUGUGCUGCCUGUGGGCAUCACCUUCUUCAAGGAGGAGAACUCCCCACCAUGGAUUGUCUUCAACGUCCUUUCUGACACUUUCUUCCUGCUGGAUCUGGUGCUUAACUUCCGCACGGGCAUCGUGGUAGAAGAGGGCGCUGAGAUCCUGCUGGCACCGAGGGCCAUCCGCACACGCUACCUGCGGACCUGGUUCCUGGUCGACCUAAUCUCCUCUAUCCCGGUGGACUACAUCUUCCUGGUGGUGGAGCUGGAGCCACGACUGGACGCAGAAGUCUACAAAACAGCUCGGGCUCUGCGCAUUGUGCGCUUCACCAAGAUCCUCAGCCUGCUAAGGCUGCUCCGCCUCUCCCGCCUCAUCCGCUACAUACAUCAGUGGGAGGAGAUUUUUCACAUGACCUAUGACCUGGCCAGCGCUGUGGUUCGCAUCUUCAACCUCAUCGGGAUGAUGCUGCUGCUGUGUCACUGGGACGGCUGCCUGCAGUUCCUGGUGCCCAUGCUGCAGGACUUCCCUUCCGACUGCUGGGUCUCCAUCAACCGCAUGGUGAACCACUCGUGGGGCCGCCAGUAUUCCCACGCCCUGUUCAAGGCCAUGAGCCACAUGCUAUGCAUUGGCUAUGGGCAGCAGGCACCUGUAGGCAUGCCGGACGUCUGGCUCACCAUGCUCAGCAUGAUCGUGGGCGCCACGUGCUACGCCAUGUUCAUCGGCCACGCUACUGCCCUUAUCCAGUCUCUGGACUCUUCCCGGCGUCAGUACCAGGAGAAGUACAAGCAAGUGGAGCAAUACAUGUCCUUCCACAAGCUGCCGGCUGACACGCGGCAGCGCAUACAUGAGUACUACGAGCACCGCUACCAGGGCAAGAUGUUUGACGAAGAGAGCAUCCUAGGCGAGCUGAGUGAGCCGCUGCGGGAGGAGAUCAUCAACUUCACCUGUCGGGGCCUGGUAGCCCACAUGCCGCUGUUCGCCCAUGCCGACCCCAGCUUUGUCACUGCCGUGCUUACCAAGCUACGCUUUGAGGUCUUCCAGCCGGGGGACCUCGUGGUGCGUGAGGGCUCCGUGGGCAGGAAGAUGUACUUCAUCCAGCACGGGCUGCUCAGUGUGUUGGCCCGUGGCGCCCGGGACACCCGCCUCACUGAUGGAUCCUACUUUGGAGAAAUCUGUCUGCUGACACGGGGCCGGCGCACCGCCAGUGUGCGGGCUGACACCUACUGCCGCCUCUACUCACUCAGCGUAGACCACUUCAAUGCAGUGCUUGAGGAGUUCCCCAUGAUGCGCAGGGCCUUUGAGACUGUGGCCAUGGAUCGGCUGCGCCGUAUAGGCAAGAAGAAUUCCAUGCUUCAGCGGAAGCGUUCCGAGCCAAGCCCGGGCAGCAGCGGGGGCAUCAUGGAGCAGCACUUGGUGCAGCAUGACAGGGACAUGGCUCGGGGUGUCCGGGGCCUGGCCCCUGGCACAGGAGCUCGACUUAGCGGAAAGCCGGUGCUGUGGGAGCCCCUGGUGCACGCGCCCCUGCAGGCCGCUGCAGUGACCUCCAAUGUGGCCAUUGCCCUGACUCACCAGCGGGGCUCUCUGCCCCUCUCCCCCGACUCUCCAGCCACCCUCCUUGCUCGCCCUGCUCGGCGCUCAGCGGGUUCCCCAGCCUCCCCAAUGGUACCUGUCCGAGCUGGCCCUCUGCUGGCCCGGGGGCCAUGGGCAUCCACAUCCCGCCUGCCUGCCCCACCUGCCCGAACCCUCCAUGCCAGCCUCUCCAGGGCUGGCCGCUCCCAGGUGUCCCUGCUCGGGCCCCCACCAGGAGGAGGCACACGGCGGCUAGGACCUCGGGGCCGCCCACUCUCAGCCUCCCAGCCCUCUCUGCCUCAGCGGGCAGCAGGCGAUGGCUCUCCAGGACGGAAGGGCUCGGGAAGUGAACGCCUGCCCCCCUCAGGGCUCCUGGCCAAGGCUCCAGGGACAGCCCAGCCCUCCAGGCCACCUGUGCCUGAACCGACCACCCCCCGGGGGCCCCAGCUCUCUGCCAACAUGUGAGCCCCCUGGGUUAGCUCUGGGUAGGGCAGAUGCCUCUUUGGGAAGGCUGAGGGGACCCGAAACACUGCCCGUUGGGAAUACCUCCCCUUACUGCCAAGAUGUCUCUGUCCUCAGCUCAGGCACCCCACAGUCUGUUCUGACAGCCUCCUAAUCCAUUCACCAAUUCAUCAAGUGUGCUGAGCGCUUCCCAUGUUCAAGGCACUGUGCCAGGCACUGUACAUUUCCACUGCCAAGUAGAAGGGACUCCAAACAGGGGUCUUCUCCCAGCCAUGGUCCUGCCAGGUGCAGGCCCAGCCCAUGACCCCACAUCACUAAGCACAAGUACCUGCCACUGCCACCACUGCCAAGUAAUUAGACGUUUCCCUGCCCACGACCCUGUGUUUUCGGUCCGGCGUGCUCGUCUUCUCGUCUCCCUAGCACAGCCGGCCACUGCCAACUGCUUGUGUCCCCACUGCUGUCAACAAAUGUCUCGGGUCCCUAGUGCAGCCACCUUCACUGCCAUGUGCGGACCUGCCUGUCUAUGCUGUGGGAGUGGGGGCAGACCUCCAGCCCCCUGCACUCUCUGUCUCUGUGGUAGAACUGUCUUUUUGUAAACUGGGAGCCACCUCCUCCCUGUGCCUCUGCCCAGUGGUGUCCCUCUUGAAGCUAAGGGAUGGUUGGCACCUCCUUACUUAGUGUGCCAGCCUCGAUCCUCCCAGGUGGGGGGCGAGGGACUGAAUCUUUAAAUGACAUUUUUUCUUUCCUUCUUAUUUAUUCAAUCAUCUAAUAAUUGUAUUUAUUCAUUUGCUAAUUUUAUGUAUUAUCAAUUCAUUUUAUUCACUCAUUCCUUUACCGGCCC